AUGAACGGGGCCCUCAUUGCAAGCAUGGACUUGAUAUCGUCGAUCUUUCCGUGUGUCCAGCGUCGGAAGCCGCUGAAAUUUCCGGCUCAAGAGCAGAAUGGCGUCCCGCCAGAGGCCGAAGCGUCUCAAGCCUCUCCGGCAGCGUCAGGAACCGUAGCCAGCAAGUCCUCUCAGAGGAUGUCAAUUCGGAUCGUUGAAGCAGUCGAUUCGCAAACGACCAUUUGCCCUGAGGAGCCCGUCAAUGACCAUGACGGAAUCCAGGAGAACGAGAAACAGAGACCUAUUAUCUCACCAGUCGAGGAGAGAGACGCAGACUCAGAACAAGGCGCCAACGUCAAAGUCAUCUAUAUGGAUCUCGGCGGCGCCCCGACAGCAACCCACGACCGGCAGGAGCAAGCCUCUUGCAAAGAACCCCAGAUUCCCACACUGCCCCCAAAGGCCGCGAAGCUCCCAGAGGUCAAAAGCCGCAUGAUAGAGAACAUCCCCGAGGAAGACGACGGCGACGACGACGACGACUUUGCACACGCGGACAACACCACAUCAUGCGAGGAUCCCACCGAGAAAUCAUCUCAGGAACAAGACUCGGGAACACCCCGAGACGCCAAACGCAGCUCGACCUGGCGCCAGAGCUCCAGAAAGUCUCUGGUCGACAUCAUCAACCUCCUGCAAUCGACCACAACCAACAACAUCAACACCCUCCGCAUCAACAGCCUGAAGUGGCCCUUACCACCCAGAUCACCAAACCGACCCUCCACAGCCUUAUCCUGCCGCUCUUCGUCGUCGUUGAGCUCCUCGAUAACAGCCACUGUAGAGUUGGAGAAGCCCAAUCCAAUCGUCAAGAAAGAAAGGCGGAUGGGAGCCGCGAUCCUCCCCACGAUCCGACUGGGGGUCCGGAGAUGGAGCAAUGACUGCGGCAACGACUACGGGAACAAUACCAGCAGCACCAAGGGCCCUCUUUUUUGCGAGUAA